AUUACUAGGGGAAGACGGUUUAAGGAAACUACGAAUGAAAAGUCACGAAUUAGUUAUUGACAAACGUGAAGAUCCGGAAAAAAAUCUUAGAAAUUUAAUGACAUUUUAUCAGAUAUGGGCUCAUGAGAUGUUUCCAAGCAUGAAAUUUCGGGAUGUAAUUGCUAAAACGGAAAAGAUUUGUAGAGAGAAAAGACUUACU